AUGAGUAAUGGGAUUAACACAUACGUUAGACCAACGUUUAACAACUUAGGUUUACUGCUUCCGUCAAAUUUCGACUGUCGAAUAUUGUUUGAUUUUGUCAAAAGUAAGGCUAAUGCGUUCAAUAAUAAUAUAUCAUUGUCAUUUCAAUGCCCGGUUCAUGGAUAUGUUAUGAAUAUUGCAGUUGAAGCAGAUUUUCAUCAACACAAAAUUGUAAUUUUUGAAACGAAGGAGAUUGUGCAUUUGUAUUCGAAGGUAUUUGAGGGAUUUGUCGAACAGACAGAAGCGGUUGAGAAGAUUGUACCAUACAAUGUUGAAAACAUUGUAUCUGAUAAUAUUGAAGAGUGUCCACAAGAAGAAACAGUGGCAGUGAAUACAACUGAAGAAGAAAUUUUAUAUGAGUUUGGAAGACUAGGUAACAAAACUUUGUCAGAUAAUGAAGAGUCAAAUGAAGGCUGGUUAGAAGAUGAGUUCACACACGGAAAAAAAACUUCCAGACAUCUUUUACAGUAUGCAUCUCAUACCUGA